UGUCAGUCGUGCUCUACCUACAUUGAUCGAUCGAUCGUAGAUAAAUCAAUAUCGCGUGAACAGUGCUCGCGAUGAUUUCCCGUGCAUCUUUUCAAGCAUAAACGCGUAGCGUUUCGUUGAAAUACACAAUGUUUCGGAUACCGUUAAUAACGAUACGUGGAAAAUCGAGCGAACGAUAUGUUCCGAUAUCGUUAUACGUUUGACCAGCGCGUUUCGACGAUAAAAGUACGACUACUGCAACAUGGAUAUGUUUCAGGCAAUAAAUGAUAUUUAUAUCUGAAAUUAAUAUUAAUCGUUGAAGUCUAUGAUAUAAAUAAUAAUGUACUUUUGCAUCGAUCAGUAUUUAUUAACUAUAAUAUGUAUGUCAGCGGUACCAUGAUAUAAAUUAAUUUUCAACCUUGACAUUUUUGCAAAGAAAUUGUACCAACUUAGGUAUCAGAAUGACUCAUACUUCAAGAUACAUGGGAUAUCAUGCUAGCACAAAUCGAGAUUAUUUAACGGAUGGUGAUGAGAGUCAUCAUGCUCCGUCGGAGCAUACAGUAUCCGAAUAUAUUGUAUCCGCAGACCAUACUACAAUGGUAAAAGCACUGAAAAAAGACCGACCCGAGAAAUAUGAAAAAGAAGAAGGAAGACGAUCACGAAGCACACCUAACAGCCGUGUUUCUGUAUUAUCUGGAUCUUCUAGGCACAGUCUUCAUCCUCUCAAUAAGAGCGCUUCACACGGUAGCAUAUGCGACAAUGGAUCAGAUGUGUACGUUACGAGUGCUGCGUACAGAGCAACAUCAGACAUAAGUCAUGCAUCGCAUCACAGUCUAACUCCAAGUUCGAGACUGGGUCAUCGGGCACCUAGUCACUGUAGCUACGGUUCUGCAAAGUCAGUAAAAUCACACGCAUCCAGAAAGGAUGGUAUUAUUAUCGAAACUAUGUCGACACCUAAUCCAUUUUGUCCAAAUACCAAGGGAAUUUGCUGCCUUAUGUUACUUCUCAAUCUUGGUUUAAUUCUUGUUACGUUAGGUUUUGUUAUAGUUAUUCAAUUUUUCCAACCAUUGAUAGUUUGGAUUUUAGGAAUAGUGUUUCUUGUAUUUGGAUUUUUAACUCUGAUGGGAAGUCUUCUAUACUGUGUACAUGUAUUUAGAAAUGCAAAGCACCCGCACGACAUUAAUCCAGAAGAUCUUUAUUGGACGAAAUAUUGGCAAGGACACGUAGGUUCGGCACCCGAAGUGUAUUACAAAGCUGAAGAUAAGUAUCAAGAUGACGGAUACAGUGAUCGUUUAAGCAAAUAUUCGAAUAAAUAUUACGAUCGUCAAAGAUACUAACGAUAAUACUAUUAUAUUCAAUAUGUUUUGACGUUAAUUAUCAGAUAAGUGUAACAAAUUAAAAAACUUCGAGACAAAAGAAGUUACGUUAAUGGUAAAUAUUAAUUUGUGUUAUGAAAAAUUAAUCAUUAUAAAAUAGCCAAAUAAUCAGUGUUUAAAUUGGUUUAUUUAAUUUUUUUUAACAUAGAAAAUUUUGAUCCUCUUUAAUAACGCGUAUCUUCUUGUUAUCACGCAUAACAAAAAUAGAAGAUAAUAUAAAAAGUAAAUAAAUUGACAUAAAACGAGAAAUAAAUCUUUUUUUAUACAAAAUAAC